AAUCGCAAAUCCGACGUCGUUUUAGCGUUCCAAAUCGUUUCUUCUCCCCUUGGACCAUCGUCUUCUUCCUAUUAUCUUCUUUUGAAAGCAUCAGAUUUCCUACGGCUGUAGUACCCUCUCUGUACUCCCACCGUCACCGCCUCCAAAAUGUCCGAUGAGAUCAGGAUCCGUCCCGUCGGCGGCACCGAGCACAGCUGGUGCCGCGCCGUUCCCGGUGGCACCGGCACCACCGUUCUCGGCCUCCUCCUCUCAAAACCUCCCGAUAUAUCCCAUCUCCAAGCCUCCCUCCACAAUCUCCAAAACCUCCACCCAAUCCUCCGCUCCAAAAUCCACCACGAUCCUUCCCGACGAGAUUUCUCCUUUCUUAUUCCCCCUUCUCCGUCGAUCCAUCUCCAGAUCCUCGAUCUCGCCGCUGCCGCACGUGCCAUCGCCUCUCAUCCCGACGCCGACGAUCCUUCCAUCUCCGAUUUUCACAAGAUCCUCGAGCACGAAAUCAACCGCGCCAAGUGGCUCAAUCCAAGCCAUCCAUCCUAUUCCGAUACUGAUGUGAUGUUCGCCACCGUCUACGCCGUCAGCGACGGCCAAUGGGCGGUGUUUCUCACCCUCCACACAGCGGCUUGCGACCGGGUUGCAGCGGCGUCUCUGUUGCGAGAGCUGCUCGUGCUUACGGCGGCGGAAGGAAAAAUCGAGGGCGGAGGAUUUAAAAUCGGGGAUAAUGGUGAGAUUGGAUCGGGGAUUGAGGAUCUAAUCCCUAGCGGUAAAGCGCACAAGCCUCUGUGGGCGCGUGGAUUGGACAUGCUUGGUUACUCGUUGAAUUCUUUCCGAUUCGCAAAUUUGGAAUUCAAAGACGCGAGUUCUGAGAGAUUUUCUCAGAUGAUUAGGUUGAAAUUGAACUCCGAUGAGACCCAGAAACUUCUGGCUGGCUGCAAAUCGAGAGGCAUUAAGCUGUGUGGAGCUCUUGAAGCUGCUGGAUUGAUAGCUACUCGAUGUUCUAAAGACCUUCCUCCUCAUCAGACGGAGAAAUAUGCUGUGGUUACCCUCAUCGAUUGUCGUUCCCUCCUUGAUCCUCCCCUCACAACCCACCAUUUAGGAUUCUAUCACUCUGCCAUCCUCAACACACACGACAUAUCAGCUGAAGAUACUCUAUGGGAAGUGUCAGAGCGAUGCUAUUUUUCCUUCUCAAAUGCCAAAGACAACAACAAGCAUUUCACAGACAUGUCUGACUUGAACUUUCUCAUGGGCAAAGCGAUCGAAAAUCCUGGCCUCACUCCAUCCUCAUCCAUGAGAACGGCCCUAAUCUCGGCGUUCGAAGACCCGAUCAUCUACACAUCUGACCCUGCUCAGCAGCACCUUGGCAUAUCUGAUUACAUUGGUUGUGCCUCCGCACACGGUGUCGGACCAUCGAUCGCCCUCUUCGACUUGAUUCGUGACGGUCAGUUGGAUUGUGCUUGUGUGUACCCGUCGCCUUUGUUCUCCAGAGAUCAAAUGAACCAACUUUUUGAUGAGAUGAAGAAAAUUUUGGUGAGUAGUGCCAUGGAAGUAGUUGAAGGCUAGAAGUUUAGCUCGAUUCUUGAAAUGUGUAUGUGCCUCUUGUUUUUAUGUAAUUUUUAUGAUGCAAUGUUGUUGCUCUUUUGCCUCGUAAAU